GGCUCAGCCCGGGUCACUCCCGCCACCCCCGCAGCCUCCGCCACUCGCCCGGGCCUAGGUCAUGGCCAGCGGGGAGACGUCCCGGAGGAGGGAGCGCGUCCUGUGCCUGUUCGACGUGGACGGGACCCUCACCCCGGCUCGCCAGAAAAUCGACCCUGAAGUGGCGGCCUUCCUCCAAGAGCUUCGAGGACGGGUGAAGAUUGGGGUGGUGGGAGGCUCAGACUACUCCAAGAUCGCGGAACAGCUGGGUGAGGGGGACGAAGUCAUAGAGAAGUUUGACUACGUGUUUGCCGAGAACGGGACGGUGCAAUACAAAAAUGGACAGCUGCUCUCCAAGCAGACCAUCCAGAACCACCUUGGAGAGGAGCUUCUGCAGGACCUCAUCAACUUCUGCCUCAACUACAUGGCCUUGUUGAAGCUGCCCAAGAAGCGCGGGACCUUCAUCGAAUUCCGCAAUGGGAUGCUGAACGUCUCCCCCAUUGGCCGCAGCUGUACCCUGGAGGAGAGGAUUGAAUUCUCUGAGCUGGACAAGAAAGAAAAGAUCCGGGAGAAAUUCGUGGAGGCCUUGAAGGCAGAGUUUGCUGGCAAAGGGCUGAGAUUCUCCCGAGGGGGCAUGAUCAGCUUUGAUGUCUUCCCUGAGGGCUGGGACAAGCGCUACUGCCUGGAUCGCCUGGACCAGGAGAGCUUUGACACCAUCCACUUCUUUGGGAAUGAGACCAGCCCGGGGGGAAAUGACUACGAGAUUUAUGAUGACCCCCGCACGGUGGGGCACAGUGUGGUCUCUCCCCAGGACACAGUGCAAAGGUGCCGGGAGCUCUUCUUUCCAGAGAGUGCACAUGAAGCAUGAGGCUGGCGUCCCCUGAGGGCUCAGGGUCCACCUGUCUUCACUUGGGGAUUGUCAACACCUCUAGGGCAUGUGGAGAAGGAGCCCCAACCCGCUGCAGUGGUGGGGAGGCGGGGCAGCUCGAAGCAGCCCUUGCCCUCUUCCCUGCUCUCCUCUUUUUUCCCCUUCCCCAGAGGGGAAGAGCAUCCCUGCCUGCCUGCUGGAGAGGACUCAGAGCAAGGGUGUUGGAGUGGAAGGGGCCCAGCCAAGCUUUGUCGUGGUGGCAGAUGGACAGACAGACAGAAAAUGUGGGUGAUGGCCCAAGCCGCCCCCCAGGGUGUCCAUAGUCUGAGUCACCAUCAUCUCUGGCCCCGGGUUUCCAUGCCUUCACCCGUCUAGUCACAAGGUCACCAGAGUGGGUGGGACAACAGGCAUCCAGGAAGGGAUGGGUUUCUUUCUCUCCUCUCCCCCGUUCCCCUCUCAAGCUUCUGGUAGGGCCUGGAGAGCAGGAGAGUGGGGGGAAGUCCAUCAGUAAGCAUUUAUGAAGUACUGGCUAUGGGCCAGCUCCCUCCCUGCCUCUCUGCUCACCUUGGAUUAGGGGCAAGAUGAAAUCCACUCAGCUGCACACCAGGGGUUCCCCAGAAGGUGGCUGCUAGCCUCAUUCUUGCAUGUCUAAGAACUUAAACCCCACCUCUCCCAGGAGGCAAGCCCUAGAAGGCAGGGAUUUGAUGCCCUGGUCACCCUUCAUUCCUCCCCUCUACCCAGAGCCAGUAUCAGCCCCCUGGCAUGCCAUUCAACUAAGACACACAGCUAUGGGCCAGGGGUGGCUUUGUGGCCUCCUCCCUACCUCCUGCCUUGUGGCUGCCUGGAAGAGGUGGGAGGGGAGGUCCAGAAUUCACCAUCCUAGGCCUGAUUUGUCCCGACACCCCCCACAUACAAUAUGACCUGUUCCCUUUGGGUCUUACUCUGGCUGUGGGCCCUGACCUCUGACCCUUGUGCUAGGGCACUGUCCAUCCUCACCUAGAAUCAAUCAGUGUUUUUCUGUGCAAAAAAAGAGAUUUUUAUGUUGGAAAGUGUGUAUGUGUGUAAGAAAAAGCUCUGCUUAGGGGUGAAGGGCACAGCUCUGGAUAAUAGAGAGCUUUGUUGUGUCACAAAUUCUAUUAAACAACAGAAAUCCA